AUGCGCUCGCUCCACGGCCUGCAGCCGACGCGCGGCGCGUGCGCGCGCACGUCGACGUUGCACGCCACGUCCAUCCGCGGCUCCAACGGCGCCAACGGGCCGUCGCACACGCCGAAGCAGGUCGCGAGCCAUCCGCGCAGCGCGCAGUUCACGCGCGCCAUCGUGCGCAGCGGCAAGCGCGGCGAGUGGCGCCGCGCCGUCGCGCUGCUCGACCAGCUCGAGCGGACGACGCCGCGGGAGCUCAUCUCGGAGCGCGCGUACGGCGCCACGCUCAUCGCCUGCGACCGCGCGGGCUGCGGCGACGGCCUCGGCGGCGCGCCGCGCUGGGCCGAGGCCACGGAGAUCCUGGGCCGCUUCGAGCCCGACGCGUUCUCCGUCGCCGUCGCCGUGCGCUGCGCGGGCCGCGCGGGCCGGCCCGACGACGCCGUCGCCAUCUUCCGGGCCCACGCCUUCGACGAGGACGCGCACGACGCGGCCGUGACCGCGCUGGCCCGCGCGGGCCGCUUCGACGAGGCCGCGGCCCUGUACGACGAGUCUCCCUGGCCGCCGAAGGUGUCCAUGCGGCGCCGGACGAAGUGGCUGCGCCGGUCGAAGGCGCGCCUGGAAGCGCUCGCGGCGUCGGCGACGUCGCCGCAGGCCGCCGAGGACCUCCUGGCGACGGCGUCCCUGGAACGGGCGCUCGGCGACGCGGCGACGAACGGGUCCAUGCCGAGCUUCGCCGACGAGCGCGCGCGGCGGGGCUACGAGCGCAUCCACUUCGUGUCGCGCACGACGAAGGUCGCCUCCGCGCUCUUCUGCGGCGAGGACGGCUGGCUGCGCGCCGCGGUGACGAAGCUGCUGGCGCUGCGCGCGACCUGCGCCGUCGUGAGCCUCGGCGGCGGCCCGGGCUACGACUUCGCGGCGGUGGCGACGCUCGCGGACUACGUCGCGGGCGACACCUUCGAGGCGGACCUCGUCGUGCCCGAGCGCCACCGGCGCCCCUCGGCGGCGAUCGACUGCACCGUGCUCGACUACGAAAAGGGCUGGGGCGCGUCGGUGGAACGCCUCGCGGAGGCCUUCGAGGGCUCGCGGCACGCCGUGUCCUUCGCGACGGCGGACAUCACGGUGUCGCUCGACGACGGCGCGAACGCGGCGUUCCGCGCGGACGCGGACCUCUUCGUCGCGUCCUACGUCGUCGCGGAGAACAAGAACGCGCUCCGCGCGCGCGACUGGGUCUUCUUCCGCGACGCGUUCGCGCGCGCGAAGCCGGGCGCGCUCUUCCUGUUCACGGAGACGACGCACCGGCUCUGGCCCGAGCUCGCGGCCGUCGCGACGGAGGUGCUCGGCGACUGCGACAUGUCGCUGCCGACGGACCUGCCGGGCCGGAGCGGGUCGACGCUCUUCGUCCGCAAGGGCUCGUCCGCGGCGCCCGACGAGGCCCACGCGGACAUGUUCGCGCGCUUCGCGGACGACAACGCGGCCCACGAGCGGCGCCUCCUGAAGCCCGCGGGCCCGGGCGGCGGCCGGAGCCAGGUUCGGCCCGUCGCGCUCGAUGGUAUGUUGUUGGGCCGCUGCCUCGCGGCCCUCGCGGUCGUCGCCGGCGAGCACUUCCAGGACAACUGGGUCAUGCACCGGGGCGGCGCGUCGCUGACGACGGAUCCGACCUACGCAGACCUCGCCGUGCGCAUCGACUUCUCGAGCCUCGGCGGGCCGGGGCAGCGGCUCCUGGGCGGCAUCUCCAUGGGCUCGACGAUCGCGCUCGAGUCCUUCGCGACGCAGUUCCUGCUGGACGUGUCCUUCGCGCUCGGCGUCGACACGGACCGCCUCUAUGUCCUCAACGUCACGGAAGGCGACGUCCACUUUGCGUGGGGCUGGACGACGACGAUCGUGCGCUUCCGCAUGCUCGAGGAGAUCAGCUCGACGGACGUGAGCGUCGCCGCCGCCGUGCGCGACUUCACGGACCAGACGCAGCACGCCGGCUCGAAGCUCCUCACGGGCAACGUCACGGGCGCGCUCGACCGCCACUGGGGCGCCGUCGCGCUCGACUGGGACAUGUCCCUCCGAUUGAUGUACAGCAUGGAGGUCGUGGGCCAGGACCUCAUCCACCAGGCCGGCGAGGGGCGCACGGACAUGCACGCCACGUCCGACGGCCACCGCGCCUGGGGCCACAAGACGCUGAACCAGGGCGCGACGCGGUGGUGCGAGGAGGAGGCGGCGCCGGAAUCCGCGUACUGCGAAUUCGAGCGCUACUUCGAGGAGGACAUCUCGCGGGCGUUGGGCGUCCACCGGGACCGCGUCGAGGUCUUAUUUAUCCGACCGGCGUCGCCGGACAGCGUCCUCGCGCACUUCCGGAUCUUCCCGACCACGGACACGGCUUCCGAGGGCAACGUCGUCGCCGCGGCCGUCGCGGACCUCGUGGACCAGGUCCAGGACGCGUCGUCGAGCCUCUUCGGCGGCAACGUCACCGUGCGCGUGGACCCGGCCUGGGGCGUGUCGGGCGUCGACGGCGCGCCGCGGACGACGUCGUCGGAGCACAUCCCCUACGCGGCGCGCGGCAACGAGUCGCUGCCCUUCCACGGCUACGCGGCCCACGCGCUGAGCCCGGGCUACGAGCGCUGCAAGGCGACGCAGCGCUGCGCCCGGGGCUACGAGCACUACGACGUCGCGGCCGCGGCCUACUACCACACGUCGCAGGUCUACGCGGGCGGCGCGCACGUACCCGCGGACCUGUUCGCGGGCUUCGAGAACUGGCGGUCCGGGUCCCACGGCUGGGCGCCGCGGGGGUCGUCCUGGAGCGGGCUCAACGGGUCCGUGCCCGGCGGCGAGGGCGUCGGCGCGCCGCGCGGCGCGCAUUUCGCACCGAUGCGCUUCGACCGCCUCGGGCCCCAGAUCCGCACGGUGGACGCCUGGGGCUGGUGCCACGAGCGCCAGCCCUGCGGGCCCUUCUGGAACGGCGGGCUCGUGCUCAACGAGCGGCAGCAGCACAAGGACGUCGUGCUGCAGGCCAUGCUCGUCGAGAACGUCGAGGACGACCUGCGGUGGAUCGAGUCCUGGGACGAGACGGCGUUGCUGGACGCCGACGGGGCGCGGGCGCGGGCGGACGUGCGGCGCCUCAUGGAUCACCGUGCGCGCGACGUCCGCGCGAAGCUCGAGGCCGAAAAGGUCGUGCUCGAGGACCUCGCGGCGUCGCAGUGCGAGAACGUGACGUCGUGCUCGCUGCUCUUCAACACGUCGUCCAUGGUCAUGACGGGCGCGUUGGAGGUCGUCGGCACCGUGGCAACCAUGCCCGGCGGCGAGGAGGUCGCCGUCUUCGCCUUCGACUCCAUCGAGCUCGGGCCCGAGGUCAACGUGACGCUCGUGGGCCAGCGGCCCCUCGCGCUCCUCUCGCGGUCGUCGGCGCGCAUCAACACGUCCUUCGUCGCGUCGCCGGGCACGCUCGGCGGCUUCCCCGGCGGCUACAGCGUCGGCCGGGACCCGGGCGACGUUUUAGAUGAUGACCCGCGCGACGUGCCGCUCGGCGACCCGGCGAUUUUGAGCGGGACGACGGCGUCGAACAACGUCAACGGCCCCGGCGCGCCGUCCGUGCGCGUCCACCUCCGGACCGUGACGACGCGCGCCAAGGACGUCGACGAGGUGCAGCGCGUGGCCAUCAGCUCCGACGACGGCGAGACGCUCGGCGGCCACUUCCGACUGACGUACGCGGGGCGGACGACUAGGAGCCUCCACCCGGGCGUCACCGCCGACGCGCUCCGCCGGGCGCUGGAGGAGGACCUGAACCGGGGCACGCGCCGCGGCCGCGGCGACUCCAAGGCCCGCGCGGGCAACGAGGUCGACGUCUACGCGCAUCUCCCGGGCGUCGGCCGCGUGACCGUGACCCACGCGCUCGGCGGCCCGCGGGGCGACGAGGACGACGCCUGGGUCGUGACCUUCACGUCGACGUCCGGCGCCAUGCCGCUCCUCGGCGUCGAGUCCCACCUCACGGGUUUGGGCGCGCGCGCGCGCGUGUCGCGCGUCCGCCGGGGCAACUCGCUCGGCGGCAACUUCACGCUGUCCUGGCGCGGCGCGACGACGCGGGGCCUCGCCCACGACGCCACGUCCACGGACGUCGCCGCGGCCCUCGUCGAGGACCUGCCGACCGUCGUCGCGGCCGCGGUGUCGCGGUCCGACGCGGAGCGCGGCGGCGAGUGCGACGACGGCUUGUGCGACGGCGGGCCCUACGCCGCCGGCGGGCUGACCUGGUCCCUGACGCUGGCGACGCUGGACGACAACGCGAGCCCGCGGGGGCCGACGGACGGCGACGCGCUCGCGGACCCGGCCGACCCGUGCCCGGAGCUCGCGGCGGACGGCGCGGGCCUCAGCGGCAUCAACGCGUCCGUGCAGGCGUCCCAGAGCCUCGGCGAGAGCCACCGGGACCACCUGCGGUCCCUCAACGGCACGGCGCCGGCCUGCGAGUCGUCGUUCUCCCUGGCGUUCGGCGGCGCGGGCGCGGCGCACGGCGGCCUCGGCGGGAGCCCCGUGCCGGGCCAGGCGAUCCACGGCACGGACGGCGCCGGCGCCGUCGGCCGCGACGCCGCGGCGUUGUUACCGGACGUGUCGGAGCGGGCGAAGAUCGGCGUCGCCGGCGGGAAGCGGCGCGUCGUCGCGUACCGCGCGCCCGCGACGAUGGCGCCGCGCCACCUGAGCGCGGCGGACUACGCGGCCUGGCGCGGCGCCGGGCCCGACGCGCUCGACGGCGCGAACUUGACCGUGGGCAACGGCACGGCGCUCUUCCUCUCGGGCGACGGCGGCACCGUCGGCGGCGUCGGCGAGACGUACGGGUCGCGCGACUUCGGCGGCCCGGGCGGCCAGCUCCUCGGCGGCAGCGGCGGCGCGCUCGGCGUGAGCCACCCCUUCGUCUACGAGCGGCUCGAGCCCACGGACUGGGCCGGGCCCGACGGCGCGGACGCGAACUGGAGCGACUACGGCGCGCGGUUCAAAGCGCACGAGGACGUCUACCGGUCGGAGGCGCGCGACGCCCAGCGCGCGUCGCUCGUCGGCCGCGGCGGCGCCGGCGGCGGCGCCAUCGAGAUCGUCGCCGUCAACGACCUGCACCUCGGGGCGAACUGCCGCGUGUCCGUCGACGGCGCGGACGGCCGGUCCGCGCAUUUGAGCGGCGGCGGCGGCGGCAGCGGCGGCAGCGUGCUGCUGAGCGCCGGCGGCGUGCUGACGCUCGAGGGCGACGUGAGCGCGCGGGGCGGCGCGGGCGGGCCGGCCCAGGCCGGCGGCGGCGGCGGCGGCGGAGGGCGGGUGGCGGUCUACGGCCGGUCGCUGUCGACGCGCGAGGCCUGGGGCGGCCUCGAGCCGCGGCUCGACGUCGCCGGCGGCGCCUGCCGCGAGUGGGACGCGGCGACGCAGUCCGUGCGCGCGGGCUGCGGCGGCAGGCCGCGGAACCGGGCCCGGGACGGCCGCGACGGGACGACGUACGUCGAGUCGCGCUUCGAGCUGCGCUACGACGCGUUGAUCGACGACGACGACGACCCCGUCGGCGGCGCCUUCGGGACCAAGGGCGCGCUGCGCGUGCGCGGCCGGUCCCUCGCGGACACGGCGGCGGCGACGGUGCGGGAGAUGCCCGUGCCCUACGACGGGCCCGAGUACGAGCUCGCCGCGCGGAACCGGCCGCCGCGGCUCUCGUUCUUCGUGCGCCGCGACCCCUACAGCCUGCGGGGCCCGGCGAAGCGCGACGCCGGCUCCUGGGGCGCCAUGCUCGUCCUCUACGACGCGAACGCGCACAACGCGUCGCGCCCGGCCGACGAGGACGACGCGGACCCGGCCAAGGUCGGCUUCCCGGACUUCGCGUCGCCGCUCCCGUCCGCGUCGAACCCGCAGGGCGCGAACGCCACGGUGGCCGUCGGCGUGCUGCUCACGGACCGGCUGACGCACGGCUCCGGGUUCCGGGUCUCGCCGGGCGAGCACGAGGACGGCGGCGCGGGGCUGCUCGGCGGCCUGGGCGCGGGCGCGCCGGAGUCGACGCUGCUGCACAAGGCGCGGCUGCGGCGCUGGUACAAGGUCGACGUGUCCCUCGACUGGGACGCGGGCGUCUACGACGUGUGGGUCGACGACGUGCUCCGCGCGGACGACGCGCCGCUCGCCGCGACGGGCGUCACGCGCGUCGGCGCGUACGCGAUCGGCGACGGCGGCGAGGCGCGCUUCGACGAGAUCUACGUCGGGCCGGACCACACGAUGGCCUUCCGCUGCCCGGCGACGACGCGGCGGGGCGUCGAGUUCGAGACGCCGCGGCCCGAGAUUUUGGGCUGGGGCGUCGAGGAUCUGGGCGACCGGACGACCCUGGCGGAGAUGCGGCGCCACGACACGCACGUGAGCCGCCGCGAGCUCUACCAGCACUACAACGGCGACCUCGUCGCCUACGACGGCACGGGCCACGUCCAGUACCGCUCCGACGUCGUCCAGCGCUUCGACACGGGCGACCUGCGGGGCGGCGCGGGCGCGGUGAACGCGGGCGCGCUGCUGACGCUCGCGGGGGGCGUCGCCGCGGGCGGCGGGCCGAGCCGUUUAGUGGUCGACGCGGCGCGGUCGCCCGUGUCCGACGACGGCGCGUGGACGCUGGACCACGCGGACGCGGAGUUCGACCUGGGCAACUUCCCGGGCAACUACGGCAACUUCCCCCGGAGCGAGUUCGACGCCGACGCGCCCCAGCGGCUCGACGGCUUCGCCGAGUGGGAGAUCAACGCGCACUGGUACGGCGGCGAGUUCCCGCGCGGCCGGCCGACGCCGACGCACUUCUGGUACGGCGAGCACGACGCGCCGCACGGCCCGCUCAACGACGGCGACGCGGCGCCGGACUGGCUCGCGGGCGGCGUCGGCGCGUGCUCGACGGACGAUCUCGUGACGUGGAAAAGGGAAGGGAUCGCGCUGCACUACGCGAACCUGUCGGACAUGGUCCGGAGCCGCGACGACUGGCUCCCGGGCUGCGACGGCUACGCGACGAUCCACGGCACGGCCGCGGGCUACGGCUGCGUCGGGUCGCGGGGCCUCCACGCGACGCGGCCGCGCGUGCUCCUCGCGGAUCUGCGGACCAUGCCCGACUCGCUGAACCCGCGGCCGCGGUCGCGGCCCGACGCGCCGGACGCGGCGACGGGCCAGGGCUUCGUCAUGUGGAUGGGCGUCGACAACGCGACGCGGGGCCUGGCGUUGGCGGGCGUCGCGUCGGCGGCGCACGCGGGCGGGCCCUUCGCGUUCCGGCGGAGCCUGUACCCGGACGGCAACGAGACGCGCGACCAGGCCGUCUGGGCCAUCGGCGGCGGCGCGCCGGAUUUGGCGUCGAACCCCUACUCGACGGCGCUCCUCGGGCGCACCUACUUCGCCGACGUCGAGCAUCUGCUGCCGUCGCCCCAGAUGCAACCCAUCUGGGAGAUGGUCAAGGACCCCGAGGGCCGCACGGACUUUGGGCUGAGCUACCACCGGGGCAUCUACCAGCGCGAGUACGACGACUACCACGACAUCUACCUCCAGCGCUGGCGCCUCGAGGACAAGCCCUGGGAGGUCUACUGCGUGAACCGCUACAACACCUCGAACAACUACAGCCUGCCGCGCGGCCAGUCGAGCGGCGCGAACUUCGCGCUCUGCCCGGACCCCGACUUCUACAAGAUCGUGUUGGGCCAGGGCUACGACGACAUCGAGAAGGAGGCCGUGGGCAUCACGUCGCGGUUCAAGGACCCCCACGCCGCGAACAACUCGUACUGGCUCCCGGACAGCGUGCCCGCGGUCAAGGCGCAGCCCUGGAACCGCAACUACGUCGACGGCUCCUGCGGCAUCCGCGCGAACGACGAGGACUACGCGCUCAACGACCCGGAGAUCCCGAACCGGGACCAGGUCGACCGGGGCAACUGCUCGAACAUCGAGGACAACCCCAUGCACCCGACGAUGCCCGACGAGCUCGUCGGCGAGCUCUACAUCGUCGAGACGCGGCGCGCCAAGUACGUCGCCGUGUCGACGCUCACGCCCGAUUUGCUGGAUACGACGGGCGCGCUCGACGCCUUCGAGGGCGAGCUCGAGGACAUGGAUCUGGACGGGCUCAUGCAGUCCUACGGCCAGUUCGACUGGUCCAUUUUGGGCAACGGCGACCCCAAGGCGACGACGUUCCAGCAGCCCAUCGAGGCGCCGGACGUCUUCAACCUCAAGCCGCGGCUCAAAUCGGCGACGCGGUUCCACCAGUAUCAGACGCACUACAACGACCGCGCGUUCUACUCGCUGUCCUGCGUCUACGACGGCACGUGCCCGGUCCAGUUCGAGGACCAGCUCAUCGACCCGGAGGUCGACGCGACGGCCGACGACCCGACCAUCGACUGGGCGACGAGCACGACGAACUACCACCCGGACGAGCCGCCGGCCUGGACCGUCAAUCCCGAGAGCAGCUGGUCCACGGACCAGUGGCGCCGCGCGCUCUUCGGCGGGGGGGGCGGCGCGCCGGCCUCCGGCGCGCCGCCGGCCUUCGGCGCGCCGCCGCUCGACGACGACCCCUGGGCCGCCGCGCGGGCCGCGCGCGACGCGACCUGGGACGCCGCGGCCUCGGGCUACUCCUGGGGCGACGACGGCGGCGGCGGCGGCUCGGGCAAGGACCCCUGGGCCCACAUCCGGAGACGGCAGGAGAAGGCCAACGUCGAGGAAGAGAGGAGAAAGAACGAGAAGAAGGCGAAGAAGCCCAAGAAGAAGCCGGCGAAGGCGCCGCCGCCACCCGCGCCGCCGCCGGCGCCCGCCGCGCAGCCGGAGCCCGCGCUGUCGCCCGAGGACGAGAAGAUGUUCGCGCACCUGAUGGGCGACCCCGCCUGCGAGUCGUUCGUCGGCGACCUCCGGCGCGGCGUCCGCUCCGGCGACCUCUCCAAGGCCGACUUCCUGCGCGCGGCCGCGAGGCGCAUCGCCGAGGUGCGCCGGCAGAUGGCCGCGCCGCCGCCGCCGCUGCCGGCGCGCCUCGCCGUCGACACGCCCGCGCGCGUCGCCGUCGUCGCGAAGCGGCCGCUCGGCGAGGGCGCGAUCGCCUCCGAGGCGACGGUCGCGGCGCUCGGUGGCCUGCUCUCGGGCCCGGCCUCGACGGACGAGUGCCGCGCGCUCUGGCCCAUCCGCGGCCUCCCGCGGGACCCCGUCGCGUCCGUGACGGUCGUCGACAACGCGCUCUGCCUCGGGUUUGAGACGGAUGCGGACGCGGAGAUCUGGUGCUGGAAGAUGAACUACGAGGUCUUCGGCAACGAGGCCGCGGGCAUGCUCCACACGAAGAACAUGGGCUACAACCUCUUCCGCGUGCCCGCGACGCUGUCGCACCUCCUCCAGCACGUCGCCAACGGCGUCGUCGUCGGGGAGGGCGGCGACCUGCGGCUCGCGCCGGGCGAGGCGGACAAGGUCGGCCGCUACGAGCCGGGCCGCGGCAGCUGGGAGCCCCUGUCCCGGUGGCUCGAGCGCACCGUCGACCGGCUCCGCGGCGUCGACGACUCGCCGGGCAUGGCCGUCGAGGAGGAGGUGAGCCUCCUGCGGCUCCUGGGGCUCACGUCCUUCAUGUUCGCUACGGGCCUGCUGCUGAGCACCUACGGCAUGAUCACGCUGGCGCUCGAGUCGACGCGCCUCGCGCCGGAGAACUCGUCCUUCGCGCUCGCGGGCUUCCUCGCCAUGGCGGGCUUCUCCCAGCUCGUGUGCCCGCUCGCGGGCUACCUCAGCGACCGCCACGAGUCGCGGCUCGGGCGCCGCGUGCCCUUCGUCGCCGGGGGCGCGUCGAUCCUCGUGCUCGGCCUGGGCCUGCAGUGGGUGUCGCGGAGCGGCCAGCUGCCGGGCGUCGCCUUCGACGACGACGACGACGCGUCCGUCGACGACGACGCGGGCCGCCGCUUCGGCGCGACGCUCGUCUACGGCUGCUCCUUCCUCGCGUCCAUGCUCGCGCUGAACGUCGCCUACACGGCGGCGACGUCCCUCGUGCCGGACCUGGUCCCGCCGCGGCAGACGGGCGUCGCCAACGGGCUCGGCGUGUUCCUGCAGGUGCUCGGCUCGUGCUUCGGCUUCCUCUACUACUUCCUCGUCGACGACCUCGACUCGCUCUACGCGCUCUACGUCGUCGUCGUCGUGCUGUUCACGUCCAUCACGCUGGUCGUCGCCGUGCCCCGGGGGUCGCGGCCGUCGGACAAGGGCCGCGGCGAGCGGCGGCCCUUGCGGGGCGGCGAGGACCCGGAGGCGCCCGCGAAGCCGCCCUUCGACUGGAGCGCGGUCCUCGCCUGCUACUACGUGUCGCCGCGGGACCCGGAGACGCGCGACUUCUUCUACGUCUUCGUGAGCCGCACGCUCUACUACACGGGCGGCUCCGUGCAGGCGUUCCUCGUCUACUACCUCCGGGACCGGCUCGACGACGGCUCGAACGGCGCCGUCGACGCGUGGCUCGAGCCCUACGUGAACACGGCGGACCCGGCGCGGUCCACGUGCGUGCUCGCGCUCGCGGGCUACGUGAGCGGCGUGCUCGCGGCCGUGCCCGCGGGCGCGCUCUCGGACCGGACGGGCCGGAAGCCCGUGGUCGUCUUCGCGUGCGUGCUCAUGUCGCUGUCCAUGGUCGGCCUGGCCGUGUCGACGGCGCCGUCGGCCGUCGUCGCCUGGGGCCUCGUGGGCGGCUUCGGCAACGGGUCCUACCAGGCCGUGGACCUCGCGCUGGCCGUCGACACGCUGCCGGACGCGGCGGAGUCGGCGCGGUUCAUGGGCGUCUGGGGCGUCGGCGCCUUCGUCGGCGUCUGCCUCGGGCCGCUGGUGGGGGCGCCGCUCCUCUACGUCUUCGGCCGCAUCGGCGACCCGCCGCCGCCGGCGAACGGCGCGCUCGGCUACCUCGCGCUCUUCCUCUACGGGUCCCUCGCGAUCUUCGCGUCCGCCGCGGUGCUGCUCCGCUACGUCCGCGGCGCCAAGUGA